AUGUCAUCAGACAACAGGCGGUGACCCGUGACAGAACGUAGCACAGCAUAUCCUGCAACAACUCUCUCAGUUGAAAACACAAUCCUUCCAGUGUGUUGCGAUUACCCAGUCUUUUAUAUAACAUCCUUGGUCUAGUCAACAAUUAAAAUGGCGCUUGUUCAACUCCUUGGAGAAAGUCUACAGAAGAAAGCUGGAGACGAAGAGAGGGUACAGACGAGCUCCCUGACGGGGGAGGGGCGGUACGUCGGGUUGUACUUCUCGGCGCACUGGUGCCCUCCUUGCCGCAUGUUCACCCCGGACCUUAUCGAGUUCUACAACGACUUCAAGGCAAAGGGAACUCUGGAGAUCGUGUUCGUCUCCUCUGACGCGGACCAGGGCAGCUUCGACGGGUACUUCGGCAGCAUGCCUUGGCUAGCAGUCCCGUAUUCGGACAGGCAGAAAAAGGCGGAGCUUAGUGACAAGUUUGGCGUGAAGGGCAUCCCCACCCUCGUUAUCCUGAAGGCUGACUCUGCAGAGGUCGUCACCAAGAAGGGGAGGGACCGUGUCAUGAAGGACCCUACAGGGCAGGACUUCCCAUGGGGAUAGAGCAAUAUAUUAUAGUGAUGUAAUCUGUGCUGAAAUGAAACAUUUUACACCAAAUGCAGCGUAUUUCCUAAUCUCCAACCAGAUCCACGGUGCGUAAUGUAUAGUAUCAAACUCCGGUGCCCAUUUGACUCCCUUAGCCGGCUACACUCCUUGGCCAGCUUUGAUACUAUCUUAUGGCAUUGUAGGAUCUGCUUGGAGAUUACGUAUUUCCGUCACUAUAUUUGUCUCACAAAUAUUGUUCCUCGACAUCAUCCCAAAUAUUGCACACAAGAAAGUUAUUUUGGAUAAAGUUAAACUUUAACUUCCAACACAAAAAUUUAGCUUACUAAAAUUUUCAACUGUUCAACUCCAGUCUUUAUCAAGGAAUUACGACCCACUACAUCUGUGAUGUUGCGUUAUGUAGAUAUCACACGCCUCAUCAGUGAGUAGCAAAUGUGGGUUUGACUUUAUCCAAGACUUCUACCAACACAGAUAAACUUUCAUGUUAAGAUAACAUUUACUAACUCAACUGAAUAGACUUUUGUAGCUACAAACUCUAUCAAGUACCUGUACGACACCUAUGUUUAUUUGGCAAAACCGUUGUUUAUCUUAUUACCUGAGUGUCUAACCUUCAUAUACAUCCUGAGAUAUUGUUCACUCCAAUGAAGAAUUCAUUUUUUUAAGCCUUCCAGUAAUGUUGCUGUUAAGUAUAUCCGUAAAAUUGUUGAACAUACAAAUAAAACUGCUAUGUAUACAAAUAAAAAUUCACCGUAUUCGGUAAACUUGCUAUGCAUUAUCGGAUUAAGUUCAACAAUAAUGUGUUCAGUACAUAGUCAUCCUAGAUGUUAUGAAAGUGUUUGAAAAGUUUUGAUACUUUCUGAUCAUAGACGAUUCUAAGGUAACUGGGCAACGUAAAUGUACAUGUACACUUUCAAAACCGAGAGCUAUCAUACAACCGUGCAUAUUUGUUACGUCAUUGUCACAAAGCGGGCCAUUUACAUUCCUUUGUAUCUGAAUACGAAAUGAAAGUCUUGCCAUUGAAUGAACUAUAUUUCUAUUACGCCGAUUAAAUAAUGUUUGAACAACAUGAA